UCGCAGCACUGUAACGUCAUUUUCACGCGACAUUCAUGGAGCGCACGUAAUGAGAUGAGACGCAAUGGAGUAUGCAUCUGAGAUGUACAGUGUAUAUUACUGAUUUAACAAUUUAUGUUUUUAUAAAAUUAUUCCCUCAAAUAAUGGCAGCGAAGUUCCUUCAUGAACUAGUGCACGAGGCGGCGCUCGCGCGCGGUGAUAACAUCGCUGUCACGUUUGACAGCAGCAUUGCAGCCCGUGUCUCUUUGACAUAUGAUGAGUUUAUUGCUCUUUCAAAUGAAUUAACCGAACAAUUGCGCAUUUUUAUUCAGACAAACAGUGCUGCUAUAGGAUUAUUCUGCCAUGCUGAUAUCUUCCUUCCUGUCUGGAUUAUGGGUGUUUUGCAGUUUCCUGCUGCAUACGUUCCUUUGGAUCCAGCUUCACCUCCUCUGUGCAUUUUAAGAAUGAUUAACAAGUGCAGUUUGGACUACUGCUUGAUACAGAGUCAUCUACUUCACCAAUUCCAGACAGCAUUUUCCAACCUGCUAUCACUGACACUAUGUGCAACAUUGUCCUCACAUAAGCUAACUUUGAUGAAGUUAAAGAGAGAGCCUGAUGCAAGUAUUCAACCCGAGACAGAAGAGUAUCUAGCCACCUCAGCUAUUGCCAAACAUUUCCACCAGAGGGAGCCAUUGGCUUACAUAUUGCACACAUCUGGAACAACAGGUCUACCAAAGACAGUGAAGGUCCCACACAAAUGUAUUGUGCCUAAUAUAAUACAUCUAAGAUCUGUAUUUAAGAUGACUGCAGAAGAUGUUGUGUUCCUUUCUUCUCCUUUAACCUUUGACCCAUCUGUGGUAGAGAUGUUUUUGGCCCUGUCCUCUGGAGCUUGUCUCCUAAUUGUCCCAUCUGCUAUCAAAAAGAUGCCACGAAGACUUGCACAUGUGCUGUUUAAACGCAAUGCAACAACAGUUUUACAGGCCACUCCCACUCUGGUGAGGCGGUUUGGAAGGCGUGUCCUGCAAGAGGAGGUGCUCAGUGCAAACUCAUCCCUGAGGUUGUUGGCGUUUGGAGGAGAGCCAUGUCCAUCUCAAACACUUUUAAAGAGCUGGAGGCAGAAAGACAAUAACACGGACAUCUGUAAUCUUUAUGGCACUACAGAAGUGUCUUGCUGGGCAAGCUGGUACAAAGUCCCACAUAAACUCUUAUGUGAGGAUGACAUUGCUGAUGUAUCAGUGCCACUUGGUGAGCCGAUGCUGGAUACCAUAAUGGAAGUGAGGGAUGAGACAGGAUGUCUCAUAAUUGAUGGAGAAGGCCAACUGUUCAUUGGUGGUCAGGAGAGAGUGUGUCUUAUAGACGACGAGGAAAAUAUAAUCAGUGGAACCAUGCGUGCCACUGGAGACUGGGUGCAGGUGCGCAAUUCCCAUUUGUAUUUCUUAGGCCGGAAGGAUCGGCUGGUGAAACGCUUCGGUCAACGGGUACAUCUAGAUGCCCUGCAGCAGACCAUUGAGAAUUUACCCCAGGUAGAGGCAUGUGCCGUGAGUUUGAGUAAGGAGGAUAGCAGGCUGAUGGCAUUUAUAGUGCUUGCAUCAGGUCACCUAAGAGCACCUUCAUCUUCCUCCUCUGAAGUUCAUAGCGAACACUCCAAAGAGUCCUUGAAAGACCUUGCUGCUGGAGAUGUCACAAGAAACUGCACCGACCCGGAGGUCAGAGUUAUUGAAGGGGAGAUUCGUCAAAGGUUGACACAGCUAUUGGACAGUCACAGCGUUCCAGACACAUUAUUGUUUAUUCCUGCACUUCCACUUACAUCUCAUGGUAAAGUAUCAAUAGAUGAGUUGAUGAAGAUGUGUCAGACACAAGGACAACACACAAAUACACAAAUUGAACAUGAAAACAUUGAAGCUAUGAGACUGAAAAUACAGACUCUAUGGAAGGAGUGUCUUGGCCUGGCCAGUGACGUGGUGGUUGAGGAAGAUGCACACUUUAUGUUAAGUGGAGGAGAUUCCCUUCGGGCCCUUCGCCUGUAUGAUGAGAUCACUGUUGCCAUGGGGACAACCCCGGUUGGCCUGCUGGAGGUCAUAUUAGAUGGCUCUUUCAUAGAUGUCCUUAACCUUAUAGUGACACGAUUGGAUAAUAACAUAACCCAACCGUCGAAGAAGAGAAUGCAUGAUGAUUCCACCUCUGAAGUUUCACCCAAAAGACAGCACAAGCAUAUGAGUACAGUAAGAGUCACAGAAAGCCUAACAGGUCCAUCUGUAAAGACUAUUGGAUUCGUAGUUGUGAGGCGAGCUGGUGAGGUUAUCGAUUGGGGUUGUUUUAAAAAAAAAUGCUUCUCAGACACAAUAGGAACAGACAAGAGCAAGAUUAUAGUGCAGAGUACUACUUUGGACAAUAAUGCAGAUUUAAUAAUGAAUGCAUCAAAUGAACUUUGUAAGAUAUCUCAAAAUAAUUCUGCCAUUGGAGAGGUCACAGAAGAAGUUCGCAGGGGUCAAGUUACUGAAACAGAGAGAGGUGAAUGUUCUCAGGAUGGUUCUUUAGAUGUUCUUCCACUUGGCCUCAGGGUCCUCUGGAGCUCAGACACAGGCAGAUGUGUGGAUGCUUCUCCAGUGUUACUGGUGGCUCCUGAAAGAACCACAGUGUUCAUUGGGUCUCAUUCACACAGACUUCAGGCUCUUAACCUGACCAACGGAGAAGUCAUCUGGGAACGUAUCCUAGGAGAUCGUCUGGAGUCCUCAGCUGCCAUUUCAAAAUGUGGGACAGUUUUGGCAGUAGGCUGCUAUGACAAACAGGUUUAUUUUUUGGAUGUUGCCUGUGGAGAUACUUUGUGGACAUUUGAGACGGGAGACAUGGUGAAGAGUUCUCCUACUGUGGACCCGGAAACUGGGCUUGUCUUUGCAGGGUCACAUGAUGGAUACGUGUAUGCAUUAGACCCACUGGCUAAAUCUUGUAAAUGGCAGCAUUAUUGUGGUGGUGGCGCAGUGUUUUCAUCCCCCUGUGUACACCUGUCUCCUAGACAGUUAUACUGUAGUACUCUGGGAGGUGAUCUACAUUGUCUUAAUCCAGACAGUGGUAUAGUCUUGUGGACAUAUUCCAGCGGCGUUCCGUUUUUCUCAUCUCCGUACUGCUCUGAUUCCGGUGUCUUUAUUGGUUCAGUAAAUGGUCAUAUGUUUGGACUAAGUCAUUCGGGAGAUAAGAUCUGGGACUUCUCCACUGAAGGAUCAGUCUUCUCAUCGCCAUGCGUUUCUUCCUUGGCAUCACUAACCAACUAUCAGGUUGUGUCUAUGAUUUCCAGCAGGAGCACGUCCACAUCAUCAGCCUCUCAAAUGGUCACAUGUGGGUCACAUGAUGGUCACAUAUACUGUUUAAAUGCUGUUAAUGGAUCUUUACUAUGGAAGUUUCAAACUACAGGCAAAGUAUUCUCUACUCCAUUUGUGUUUGAUGCCACUCCAUGGGGUUUAAGAGCAUUAGUAGCUGUGUGCUCUACAGAUGGUACGGUGUGGAUUUUAGAUGGAGAAACAGGAACAUUAAAGGCAGCCUUGUGUUUGCCUGGGGAACUUUUCUCUUCUCCUGUUGUAUGGGGGCGAACCUUAGUUGUUGGUUGUCGUAAUGAUUAUGUUUACUGUCUGGAACUAACCAAACGUUGAUGGAUUUUAAACCUAGAUACGUAUACUGUUUCAGUAACUCAAUAAAUAUGCUGAAUGCUAACUAAUGAACCAGCACUAAAAUAAACUCUAAAAUG